AUGCCUUCAGCCAGCACGAAUAAGAGUCUUCCUUUACCAAGGCCAGAUCAGGUUUAUGUUACAAUCUCAGCAUUAGAUGGAGGACACUUGACCCUGCCAGAGCAAUUGUUUGUCACCGAUGCCGACCCCAACAGAAGGGUCACCGUGCCGUCUCUGUCGUUUCUUAUCCGACAUCCAUCAAGAGGCUCUGAACCUUCGACAAGACUGCUAUUUGAUCUCGGAAUGAAGCGAAAUCCAGAAGAAUUUCCGCCACUCAUGCAAACCCAUAUUCGCAAUCGACAACCGACCAUACUUUAUCCUGAUGUGGGCGAUUCUUUGCGUGCUGGAGGCUUGGAUCCGGCCGAGAUUGAGAUGGUAAUUCUAAGUCAUGUGCAUUGGGAUCAUGUCGGUACACCGGUAGACUUCAGUAAAGCCCAAUUCCUGGUCGGUGCUGGGACCUUGCACCUCUUGCGCCAUGGUGCAGGACCCCAUUAUCCAGCCGAGAUUUUUAUUCCUGACCUCUUGCCCGAGGAACGAACUCAAGAAUUCCCCCCAGCAAAUACACCAGCCGCAGACCCCGAGUUGGGGGAGGUUAUUCCUGACUGUGUUCAUGCCGCCCAGCAGUCUUCACAUACAUGGCAGCCUCUCGGUCCUUUUGCGUCUGCAAUUGACCUCUUCGCGGACGGAAGCGCGGCGACUGUUGUCAUGAUUCUCGCAUCCUAA